ACCAGUUGUUAAUGAGCAGUAGUUAUUAACACACUACUUUAUUUUGCCACCGAAUUAUAUUUAAAAUAUAAUAAAACUGUUAAGAUUUUGUACAGGAAAAGGUUUUUUGUAAACCACUAUAAACCAUCGAUUUAUUGCAAUGGCAUAUACUACCGAAAUUUCAACUAUUACCGAUACAGUGAAUAUCACAAACAUUAGAACAGCUUUCGUAAAACCAUCGCCUGUUCCAUCAGCUAUAACAUUUACUUUAGGAGUAGUUGGAAAUAUUGUUGCUAUUUUUGUACUUGUUCGGGGUUCUGAACGACAUAAAUGGAACGUAUUUUACAGAUUUGUCACAGCAUUAGCAAUUACAGAUUUGUUUGGGAUUCUUACAACAGCUCCGGUGGCUUUUGCUGUAUAUGACAAUAAUCUAAAAUGGGUUGGAGGAGAACCUUUGUGUCACUAUAUGUCAUUUAUGUUGAUUUUCGCAGGACUAGCAACAGUUUUGCUUGUUGGUGCCAUGGCGUUGGAUAGGUAUUUGGCAAUCCUGCAUCCAUUUAAAUAUAACUCAGCCUCCAGAUACACUAUUGUUAAUUUUGUUGUAUUUGGAAUUUGGUUAUUUUCUGCGUUAAUUGCUGCAUUGCCGUUGUUUGGACUUGGUGAAAAUGUUAAGCAGUUUCCAAAAACAUGGUGUUUCUUUAAUUUUUUCGGCGACAGGACUGAAGAUGAAUUUUAUGCCUACUUUUAUGCUGCACUCGGACUUGGGACAAUUUUUCUAACUGCUGUUUUAAAUGUCUGUGUCAUACUUGGACUAAUAACCGGGAAAAGAAGCCAUAUUCGUCGCGGAAGCGUUACUAGUCGAAAAGCAAGAGCACGGACGGAUGUUUACAUCACAAUUUUUCUAGUAGCAAUAUUUGUAGUGUUCGCUGUCUGUUGGGCUCCAUUUCUUGUCAGAAUUAUUAUCAACCAGAGUCGUACUGUAUCGCGAAACAUUAAAGCUGACCUUUUAACCUUACGACUUGCUACCUUAAAUCAAAUUUUAGAUCCAUGGGUGUAUAUUUUGUUCCGGCGUGAGAUGUUAAGUAAAUUCGCAUAUUGUUGCAAAACGCAAGGUCAAGAUUCAUUCUUCAGAAGACUUGUUAGCUUUACUACAGGUAGCUUCAGAAGUAAUACACCAACCACUGAGACCAGCACAAAUGGGACGCCAGUACCACAGAGACGCCAUGUCAUCUCAUUUGUGGCACGACUUCCCCAAGAAAGUUAUAAAGAUGACAGCGAAAACAAUAAUCAAGACGAGACAAUAGACGAGACUUUAAUGUCACAAGAUAAUAUGUAAUUCAAUUUAUACUCGUAAUUGCACACUAGUGAUAUCAACAACCUUUUGCAAGUCAGUAAAUUAUGCAAAUUGUUCGAGACUUCCAAAGUCCAAAAUAGUAUCAUCAUUUUAUAAAUUAUCUUUUUUAUUUAAAAGUAAAAAAGUCUAAAGAAACUAUAAUCAUUUUUAUCAAGAGUAUUCAUAUUUUAGUUGCGGAAGAUUUCAUGAUAUUCUAGUUGACUAGACAUGAUCGAUGGAAUGGGAACGGUCAGUCAAUCAUAAUCAAUGCUUUAUUCUCUGUUUUAUAUUUAUCGUUUACUUAUUUACUUUUUGUGCCCAUAAUUUUAAAUUUUCGAAUCGCCGCAUUUGAUAAAGAUGGUUUCUAAAUGUAAAUAAAGUCUCCAUAUUUUCUGAUGGAUUCAAAGAAGUAUGGCUAUUUAUUAUUUUAAUAUUAUCUAAUAGUGAUUUAAUCCUUAAUUAUAAAUUGUUUUAUGAAAAUUAAGAACUGUAAAUAGUAUGAUAUGUAACACAAUAACAACAAGGAGUUGUGGUAUGAUUUCAAAUGAGACAUUUCCAUUGUUAUAAUUAAGACCAAAGGACGGAAAUGUGAACAUACGUCCUUCAACAAAAUUUCAAUAAAACAAUUGAAAAGAGAAAACCUGUUUUAUACUACAACAAAAAAAUACAAAUGGCAGACAUCAAACAACGACAAUCAUUGCCUUACAUGUUCCUGGAUUUGGAGAGGCUUAUAAGGAAUGCGGCGGGGCUACCUUGGAAAGGGGCGUUACAAUUCAAUAUGAUAAUGAACGUGAAAGAUCUGUUGGAAAGAUCUUGAGUCAUCAGAUCUGUACUAAGCACAAAAGCAAAUAGCAAAAAGACAAAGGACUGUAAAAAUCAGUUGAUAAGGUCAUAAGUCUUCAGAUAGGAAUAAGACAAAAAAGCUAACAAUAAGACAAAAGACAUUUAGGAUACACUUAUAGUAUAAUAGUAUAAUAGAAACCGAAAAGCUUAGUUUUCGUAAAUCAUUAGUUCAUUCAUCUGGGGUUUCCGUGCGUUUUUGGGGUCACCGAUUAGGUUGCUUUUACAAGCUGUACAAGUUGAGGAAUCUACAAAGGGUACAUUUUCUUACGCUAAAUGUUGUUUAUUUUAAAAUUUUUAAGUCUUUUAAAUUUAAUUAAUAUACAAAUAAAAAAUGUGGUAUGAUUGCCAAUGAGACAACUCUCCACCAGAGACGUAGAAGUUAACAACUAUAGAUCACCGUACGGUAUAUUUGCAUUCGAAAUAUACUAAGUUAUGUUAUUUAUUCAAACAGCUUCAAUAAACAUGCAUGGCAUUAUAUUUUGACCACUAAGUGGUGCGUUAUUUGUAUACAAAGGAGACGGAUUUGUAAAAGCAACUUUGCUUGUUUCUGAAUCCUAGAUAUUUAUUUCAUGUAUAUUAUUAGUAAGUGAUAAUUUCUUUGAAUAAAUAUUGUUUAAACUAAUAAACAUGUACAGUUACAAAUAAAAAUACAUGAUUAAGUGUAGAUGCACUAGUUGACAGUGUUUCCAUUAUGAUUAAGGUUUGUGGUGUGUUAGGAAAGUUAUCUCCCCUCGUUACUUAUUAAAACGUUUUUAGACGAUGACAAAUGUCAAAUAACUACACAUGUUUCAACCAAACGUAUUCAAGGGAAAAUCGGGUUACUUUUUGUCAAGGCAUAAAUAAUCAGAAAAUGAACAAAACAGGGAGGUUAGGGACAAAUUUAAACCAGUCGACAAGGACCUGAAAAAAAUCGUUGGUAUGGUGAGUUUGAUUUAGGAAAAUGUGGUAUACAAUGAUACAGUCAACCUAGCAAGUUAUCUUGAAAUGAUUGAUUCCAUUAUUUAUAUGGCCGUUUAGAAGAACAUGUAAACUAUGUGACAUAAUGUUUUAUGUAAACUAUGUGACAUAAAGUUUUAUGUAAACUAUGUGACAUAAAGUUUUAUGUAAACUAUGUGACAUAAAGAUUUAUGUAAACUAUGUGACAUAAUGUUUUAUGUAAACUAUGCGACAUAAAGUUUUAUGUAAACUAUGUGACAUAAAGUUUUAGGUCUUUGGUAUCAAAAUCAAGCAAAUAAAGAUUGAUAAACAUA